GCUACAGUUCCACAGAAAUUAGGGCUUCAGUAUGUUCGUGGUUGUGAAAUCAUCGAUAUCCGCGAUGAGGAGGGUAAUCUGAUGAAUGAUUUUACUGGAAGAGUUAAACGGGACGAAUGGAAGCCCCCUAAAGGUGAAAUGAGGACUGUGACUGUUGCUUUAGAUGCUGCACAGUAUCACAUAGAUGUUACAGACAUUGCUGAAAAAGGUGCUGAGGAUGUGUAUAGCACGUUUAAUGUGCUAAUGAGGAGAAAACCAAAGGAGAACAACUUCAAGGCUAUUCUGGAAUCUAUCAGAGAUCUCAUGAAUGAAUAUUGUAUUGUGCCGGAGUGGUUGCAUAAUGUUUUUCUUGGGUAUGGGAACCCUUCUGCUGCACAGUGGCCUAAUAUGCCAAACCUGUUGGAAACAGUCGACUUCAAAGAUACUUUCCUUGAUGCAAAUCAUCUCAGUGAAAGUUUUCCAGAUUAUGAGGUGUCUUUCACCAAUGCUGAUGGUGCUGAAUCUCUGGAUCCAAGGCCUCUGUUUCGAAUCACCCUUCCUAAGACACUAAAAGGGAAUUCUGCUAUUUCUGGAAAUAAGAUAUCUGAAGUCAAUCCAGCAGACAAUGUGAAUAUGGUGGAUGCUUCCCCAAAGGAGAAACUUAUUGUUGAGGCAUAUACCCCACCUGACCCAGGGCCUUAUCCUCAGGACCAGCCGAAGCAGAACUCUGUUAAAUUUACACCUACACAGGUUGGGGCAAUUAUCUCUGGUAUUCAGCCGGGGUUAACUAUGGUGGUCGGUCCACCGGGUACCGGAAAGACUGAUACAGCAGUGCAAAUCUUGAAUGUUCUUUAUCACAACUGUCCUUCUCAAAGGACCUUAAUAAUUACCCAUUCAAAUCAGGCUUUGAAUGAUCUUUUUGAGAAGAUAAUGGAGAGAGAUGUACCAGCGCGGUAUCUACUUCGUUUAGGUCAAGGUGAACAAGAGCUUGCCACUGAUCUUGACUUUAGCAGACAAGGGCGUGUCAAUGCCAUGCUUGUUCGGCGUCUGGAACGGCUCAAUGAGGUUGAGAGACUAGCAAGAUCUCUUCAGCUUCCAGAAGAUGUAGGAUAUACUUGUGAAACAGCGGGGUAUUUCUGGUUGCUUCAUGUAUACUCGCGCUGGGAGAUAUUUCUCGCUGCUUGUGCAGGAAAUGAAAACAAUCAAUCUUUUGUUCGAGAUCGCUUCCCGUUCAAAGAUUUCUUCUCAGACACCCCAAAACCUGUCUUUAGUGGGGUGUCAUUUGAGAAAGACAUGAGGUCAGCUAAAGGUUGUUUCUCUCAUCUCAAGACUGUGUUCCAAGAGCUGGAAGAGUGUAGGGCCUUUGAACUACUCAAGUCAACUGCUGAUAGAGCAAAUUACCUGAUGACCAAACAAGCGAAAAUUGUAGCAAUGACGUGUACUCAUGCAGCAUUAAAAAGGAGAGACUUCCUUCAGUUGGGGUUCAAAUAUGAUAACUUAUUGAUGGAAGAAAGUGCUCAGAUUUUGGAAAUCGAGACUUUCAUACCAAUGUUGCUUCAGAGGCAAGAAGAUGGUCAUGCACGACUCAAGCGCUGUAUAUUGAUUGGUGAUCACCACCAGCUACCUCCCGUAGUGAAGAAUAUGGCUUUCCAGAAAUAUAGUCACAUGGAUCAGAGUUUGUUCACGAGGUUUGUUCGUCUUGGUAUUCCUUAUAUUGAGCUCAAUGCUCAAGGAAGAGCAAGGCCAAGCUUAGCCAAACUCUACAACUGGAGAUACAGAGAUUUGGGAGACCUUUCUAUUGUUAAGGAAGCACCCAUCUUCCAUAGGGCAAAUGCUGGACUCUCAUAUGAAUAUCAAUUGGUAGAUGUGCCUGAUUAUGAGGGGAAGGGAGAAUCAACACCAUCUCCAUGGUUCUAUCAAAAUCAGGGAGAAGCUGAGUAUAUCGUCAGUGUCUAUAUAUACAUGAGAUUGUUAGGAUAUCCUGCGAAUAAGAUAUCAAUAUUGACUACAUAUAAUGGUCAGAAGCUCUUAAUCCGUGAUGUUAUCAACCGUCGAUGUGCUCCCUAUCCUUUCAUUGGCCCGCCAAGCAAGGUGACUACAGUGGAUAAGUUCCAAGGACAGCAGAAUGAUUUUAUUUUGCUGUCUCUUGUUCGGACACGCUUUGUGGGUCAUCUACGUGAUGUAAGAAGGUUGGUAGUUGCAAUGUCACGUGCUCGGCUCGGUUUGUAUGUGUUCUGCCGCCGUUCUCUCUUUGAACAGUGUUAUGAGCUGCAACCAACGUUUCAGCUUCUUCUUCAAAGACCCGAUCGGCUAGGACUCAAUCUUAAUGAGAACACAGCUUAUACAGAUCGCACGGUGGAGGAAGUUAAAAAACCUUAUUUUGUUCAUGAUGUUGAAGAGAUGGCACACAUAGUUCACGAUAGGAUGAACCAGUUCUACCAGGCACAAGGAGUAUAUGAGCAAUACCAGAACAACAUGCCACAGAUGGAAGAUGGUAAUGAGGACAUGGAGAGUGAUUCAGUAGUAGAAGCUGUAGAUGGUGAUGAAUCUGAGAAAAAUACGCAGCAGCUAAACCAAGCCCCAGACAAAGACGGUGAAUCAUCAAAGGAGGUGGUUGGAAUGGAGGUGGACAAUAAUGGAUUUAGCAGUGAGAAUGGAAAGGCUGAUGAGAAUUAGGACAAAUCAAACUGGGAAUAUAUCAUAUAUAUCCCAAAAAGAAUUCUUAAAUCCAAUUGAAGCUCAUGGGUCUACUUUACCUUAAGUGUGCUUGAAGCAAAUUCAAUUUGUUUGAAAAAGUGACAAGCUAGAGGGUCGAACCAUUUGACCUCAGAGUUUACUUACUCCACUAAAUACCAAAUCUGCUACAAUCACUCGGGAUUAGCAUUUUUGCCUUGUUUGUUGUUUGUUCCUCUAUAUGGCAUAUUUGUCAGUCUCACUGAGACCUCACUUGAUGAUUUUUUUGCUAGUCUCCACAUAUGUGAUCACCAUGUUGUUCAAAGAUCAGAUUUGUUUCCUGUGAAAUGAGAAUUAUCUUGGUAUUAGAAGGAUUUAACGAA